AUGGCGCAACCCCACGCCACCAUUGCCAUCCUCUCAAUUGGCCAAAUGGGCCUCGGCAUCGCCGCACUGCUGCAAUCCAACAACUACACCAUCACCACCACCCUCAACGGACGCAGCCCCGCAACACGGGACCGCGCCGCCUCGCUCGGCAUCCGGGUACUCGAUACAGACGAAGAACUCGUUGCAACUGCAGACUACCUCCUCAGCAUCGUGCCGCCGCGCGACGCCGUCGCAACAGCCGAGCGAGUGAUUGCUGCGCUGCAGAAAGGAUGUCGAGCCGCACCAUCAGAACCCCGGAAACACUGCUUGUACUAUCUAGAUCUGAAUGCCGUAAGCACAUCUACCGCGCGCGGCACAGCAUCGCUAUUUGAAAACAACGGAAUGCAAGACCAAGUCCGGUAUAUAGACGGCUGUAUCAUUGGGACGCCACCUCGUGCCCCCUCCUCUCCAUCAUCCUCACCACAAAGCAGCAGCAGCACCACCACCACCACCACCAACACCACAGAUGCCACCUCCCUCUCCUCCUGGUACCGCCCCGGAAUCCCGUUAUCAGGCCCAGCUGUACUGCCAGACGCACAUUUAGCUUCAGUCCUCAACACGCGGCAUCUGGGCCCGCAAGUCGGCACAGCCAGCGGCUUGAAAUGCUGUUUCGCGGCGCUGACAAAGGGCUUUACGGGACUGGCGCUACAAGCGUUUACCACGGCGGAAUCGCUCGGCGUGCUGCCGGAUCUACUGUCAUACAUGGACGUGUAUAAUCCCGGGGCGCGUGCAAAGGCCGAAAGGGGGGUUGUGGCGUGCACGGGGAAGGCGUACCGCUGGGUUGAAGAGAUGCGCCAGAUAGGCGAGUGUUUUGACGACGAGGGCGGGUGGACAAGUGCCAGUGUGUUUCGAGAGCUUGCAGCUGUGUUUCAGCGGCUGGCGGAUGUGGUGGAGCACGAGGGGGGCAGUGAGGGUAUGAGUGAUGUACGUGGUGUUGUGGGGGCGUUGGGUGGUAUGUAG